AUGACCUUCCGCCACCAGGACUCCCUCGCGAGUCUCCCCAUUCCCGACCUCCACGAAACCUGCACCAACUACCUCGAGGUGUUGCAGCCCCUCCAGACCGAGGCCGAGCACAGAAACACAGUAGCCGCCGUCGACCGCUUCCUCAAGUCGGGCACUGGCGCCUACCUCGACUCCGAGCUCCGCAACUACGCCAAGUCCCGUGCCUCCUACAUCGAGCAGUUUUGGUACGACUCGUACCUCAACUACGACAAUCCCGUGGUGUUGAACCUCAACCCCUUCUUCCUCCUCGAGGACGACCCCUUCAACAACGACUCCACCACCUUCAACCCCCAGAUCAAGCGUGCCACCUCACUUACGCUCUCGUCGCUCAAGUUCAUCCAGGCCCUCCGCAACGACACCUUGCCUCCCGACGUGUUGCGCAAUGGCCAGCCCUUGUGCAUGUACCAGUACUCCAAGCUCUUUGGCGCCUCACGGAUCCCCACCAACGACGGGUGCAUGAUGCAGACCGACUCGUCGUCCAACCACAUUGUGGUCAUGAGCAAAUCGCAGUUCUACUGGUUCGACGUGUUGGACUCUGCCAACAACAUCCUCCUCUCGGAGCUGGACCUCAUGGUCAACUUCACCUCCAUCAUCCACGACUCAUUAAAGACCCCGCCUGACGAGAUUGCCAGGUCCUCGUUCGGGGUGCUUACCACCGAAAACAGACGUAUCUGGGCCAACGUGCGCUCCAGCAUCCAGGACAACCCCACCAAUAGCGAAAUCUUGUCCAUCGUGGACUCGUCGCUCUUCAUUCUCUGCUUGGACGACAUCGCCAUCUCUGACUUGUCCGAAUUGUCCAAGAAUAUGCUCUGCGGUUUGUCCAUUCUCGAUAAAGGUAUCCAGGUAGGCACCUGCACCAACAGGUGGUACGACAAGUUGCAGAUCAUCGUCACCAAGAACGGAAAAGCCGGUAUUAACUUCGAGCAUACAGGCGUGGAUGGCCACACCGUGUUGCGCUUUGUCAGUGACAUCUACACCGACUCCAUUCUCUCGUUUGCCCAGUCCAUCAACAACAAUACCCCGUCGUUGUGGAAGGCCAACUCCGACAAGAAGCCUGGAAACGACGCCGACGACCUCAUCACCAUUCCCCGGAAGUUGGAGUGGGACUUGACCCCGGACUUAUCCCUCAGUCUCCGUUUCGGUGAAACCAGACUCAGUGACUUGAUCAACCAGAACGAGUUCAAACACUUGGAGUUUAAGAACUACGGCUCGUCUUACAUCAAGAAAAUGAAAUUCUCACCAGAUGCAUUUGUCCAAAUGGCCUUCCAAGCCGCCAAUUACGCUCUUUACGGAAAAGUCGAAUGCACCUACGAACCCGCAAUGACCAAGCAGUACUACCACGGAAGAACCGAGGCAAUCAGGACGGUCUCGCAGGAAUCAAACUUGUUUGUGCGUAAAUUCUUCGAUUCUUCCGUCCCCAAUCAGGAUAAGUUAAAGUUCUUAACUGACGCAUGUUCCAAGCAUUCUGCUCAAACAAAGAGGUGUUCCCAAGGAAAGGGAGUUGACAGACACCUUUAUGCCUUAUUCUGUAUUUGGAAGAGGUAUGUGGAUGAUUCUGUUUCCGCUGGAAUGGAUCAACGGACAUCUAUCACCACCUUAAUCGAUGACGAUAACGAAUCUUCGUCAGAUAAGACAAUUGUGGGAAACAUUGAUAAAUCUAACUUGAGUGAAAUUCCCGAUAUUUUCGCAGAUGGUGGUUGGGACAAACUCAACAAUACCAUGAUUUCUACUUCCAACUGUGGAAACCCCUCAUUAAGACUUUUUGGCUUUGGCCCCGUUUCCCCUCAAGGUUUCGGUAUCGGAUACAUCAUCAAAGACGAUUCGAUUUCUAUUUGUGCCUCUUCUAAGCACAGACAGACUGAGAGAUUCUUAGUCACGUUGGAGAGUUACUUCAAUGAAAUCAAACGCAUUUUCUCAGAAGUCCAACAAAAGAAAGAUACCAGUAUUCUUACCACCGCUAAAAGCAUUGUGUCCACCUUGCCCAGGAACAACUUAUCCACCCUCUUGGGAGGUUACGGCUAUUUUGAUAUGGGCGACGAUGAUAUUAAGUCUAGACACAGUCCGGAACCACCUUUCUUGCAUAGAAACAAUAGUGGCUUCUCCGUUCGUGAAAUAGGUAAGAAGUUGAGGUUAUCUGAGUAUUGA